AGAAAAACCAACCGACCAAAUACAAUAAUUCCUCUCUCAGUAUUGAAUUCGACCAGGCCGACGACGACGAGUCCUCACACGAAGAAGAGUUUUUAAAUUUUUGAAAAGAAAAAUUUUCUUCUUUUCUUUCGGAUUACUUUUCAAGGAUUAUAAAGCAACUUAUUUCUCCGAGACAACACGAUGUCUGAACGCGAAAAUAAUGUUUACAAGGCUAAAUUGGCUGAACAAGCCGAACGCUAUGAUGAAAUGGUUGAAGCCAUGAAGAAAGUCGCAUCCAUGGAUGUUGAACUUACGGUUGAAGAAAGAAACCUUCUAUCGGUCGCAUAUAAAAAUGUGAUUGGAGCUCGUCGUGCCUCAUGGCGAAUAAUCACCUCAAUCGAACAGAAGGAAGAAAAUAAGGGAGCCGAAGAAAAGCUUGAAAUGAUCAAAACCUAUCGCGGCCAAGUAGAGAAAGAAUUGCGCGAUAUCUGUUCGGAUAUUUUGAAUGUAUUGGAGAAACAUCUCAUUCCAUGUGCAACUAGCGGGGAAAGUAAAGUAUUCUAUUAUAAAAUGAAGGGUGAUUACCAUCGUUAUUUGGCUGAAUUCGCUACCGGAUCAGAUCGUAAGGAUGCCGCUGAGAAUUCACUGAUUGCCUAUAAGGCUGCCAGCGAUAUCGCCAUGAACGAUCUUCCUCCAACACAUCCAAUUCGUCUGGGAUUAGCUCUUAAUUUCUCCGUGUUUUACUAUGAAAUUUUGAACUCGCCGGACCGCGCCUGCAGACUGGCGAAAGCAGCGUUUGAUGAUGCCAUCGCUGAGCUGGAUACACUUAGCGAGGAGAGCUACAAAGAUUCGACACUUAUCAUGCAGCUUUUAAGGGACAACCUUACCCUAUGGACGUCCGAUAUGCAGGCUGACGGCGAAGGUGAGCAAAAAGAACAAAUUCAAGAUGUUGAAGAUCAGGACGUGUCGUAAUUUAUGUACCAUUAAAUUGUGUGAAAAUGGCAUAUAAAAAUAUAAAAGAAAAUAUAUAAUAAUAAAAAUAAACAUCAAUAAAAACACACACAAAACCAACAACUUUAAUUUUAAGGAAUCUAAAAAAUAUAAAAAAAAUAAUAUACAUAUAAGAAAUAUAAAUUAUAAGUGUAUUGUUUCGUCUUUGUAUUAAAAAAAAUCAACAACAACACAGCAAAAAGCACCCCACUCAAUAUAAUACUUUAUACAAUUUUUUUUUUUCUUUAGAUGGAAACUAAUAAAGUAUAGAAUUCAAAUUGAUAACAUUUUUUGCAUCCUCUUUUUACUCCCUCCAUUUCCAUGCAAAAAUAAAAAACCAUCAUUACAUUUCAUUUAUUUAAUUUUUUUGUUUUCCAACAAUUGCAACAAUUUCAAAGUUGUUUUUUUUUUCCUUCUCCAAAAAGGGCUUUUUCUAAACAUACAUAAUUAACUUUUUUAUUCUCACAAAAAAACAAUUUCUUAUUUUCACACUGCGCAUACACACAAACAUCCUUAUCGCCGUUAAAUUUUGUUUUCUUUAUAUUCCAAUAAUAUAUAUUAAAAAAAAAAUAAAAUAAAUAAAAUACAAUAAAAACAAAAUGAAAUUAAAACUAAACUAUUUUUAAUAUAUAUAUUUUUUUUUAUUGUUUUCGUUUUGUUUUUAAUUUAUAAGAAAUUUUAACAUUCUGCUUCAAGUAAUUUUUUUUUUAAAUAAAGGUAAACAACUUUUAUUCAAAUUAAAAUAAAAAACAUCGCAUUGUUGUCAUGCAAAGAUACAAUGAAUUAUUAAUUAUAUUUAUAUAUAUAACUGAUUAUAUAUAUUUAUAUAUAUACAUAUAUAUAUAUUGUAUUUAAUUAGAAGUAUUUAAAAGAAGCAAAAUAAAUAAACUUUAUUCAUACAUUUCAAAAAGUAUAAAAAGUACAUAAUUAAAUUAAUGUCAACACAGAAGUAGAAUAUUUUUUCUUUGCCGUCGCGAAAUACUGCAUUUAUUAAUUAUUACAACAAUUAAAUUAUAAUACAAGACAUUAAAAAAAAAAAAUUAAACAGUUUAUAAUUUACAAAAAAAAAAAA